GACGCUCCGUCAGCGCCUCAGUGCGCGCGCGUCCUCCUGAGAACACCUCCACGGCGGGAGCCAUGGCAGCUGUCGGUCCAGCGACGAACUUUUGUUUGGUUUUGCUCCUGCUGAACAGCCGCCAAAGCGUCGCGCGUCCAGAGCUUCGAGAUCCGUGCGCAGAGGGAAGUGAUGGCUGUCACAUUGAUGCUCUUUGUCAGACUACCCCAAGCUCCUACAAGUGCACGUGCAAAGCAGGCUUUAAAGGAGAUGGAAACCACUGCGAAGACGUUGAUGAAUGUGACGUGAAGUACAACGGGGGUUGUGUGCACGAGUGCAACAACAUUCCUGGAAACUAUCGCUGCACUUGCUACGAUGGAUUCCACUUGGCCCACGACGGACACAACUGCCUGGAUGUGGACGAGUGCGAGCUCAACAACGGCGGGUGCCAACACACUUGUGUCAACACUGUGGGCAGCUACGAGUGCCGCUGCAAAGACGGCUUCUUCCUCAGCGACAACCAGCACACGUGCAUCCACCGCUCCGUGGAGGGCCUCAGCUGUAUGAACAAGGAGCACGGCUGCGCCCACAUCUGCAAGGAGAGUCCCAAAGGGGGCGUGGCCUGUGAGUGCCGUCCAGGGUUCGAACUGGCCAGAAACCAGAGGGACUGCAUUCUAACCUGUAACCACGGCAACGGAGGCUGCCAGCACACCUGCGAGGACACGGAGGACGGCCCCAUAUGCAGGUGUCACGUCAGGUACACGCUGCAGCCCGACAAGGAGGCAUGUGUAGAGCAAGCCGAAGCCACCACCGAGUCCUCGGACCACAACGCCACGUCCUCCACCGAGGCGGACAAACGGGUCAAGAGGAGACUGUCGAUGGAAACGUGCGCGGUGAACAACGGAGGCUGCGACAGCACCUGCAAAGACACAUCCACCGGCGUGCACUGCAGCUGCCCCGUCGGCUUCACGCUGCAGCCCGAUGGGAAAGCGUGCAAAGAUAUCGACGAGUGUGAGUUUCACAGCGGCGGCUGCGAACACUUCUGCAGAAACACCAUCGGGAGCUUCGAGUGCCACUGCAGGAAAGGCUUCAAGCUGCUGUCAGACGAACGCUCCUGCCAAGAUAUAGACGAGUGUUUCUUCGAGCGCACAUGUGAUCACACGUGUGUGAACUCCCCCGGUGGUUUUCAGUGUCUGUGCAACAGAGGCUACACCAUGUACGGGCUGGCCCACUGUGGAGAUAUAAACGAGUGCAGCCUGAACAACGGAGGCUGUGAACACGGAUGCGUGAACACCGUGGGUGGAUUUGAGUGCUCUUGCCGUCCUGGUUUUAAGCUGCACUGGAAUAAAAAGGACUGCAUCAAGGCCGAGGGUUUAACACCUGCAAACCCCCCCUCUAAGCCCACCUUGAACUGCAGUAAGCAGCAGGGGGGGGACCGCUGCUUUCUGACCUGCCAGUCUCAAGUUCACGUGCGCAGUGGGACGGAGGAUUCCUACACGGUGACCUGUGGAAUGCCUCUGCCCUGCUUGGCUGGCGUACAAAAGAACAACAGCGGCUCGCAUUGCUUAGGUCCAGAAAAGCCCCGGGUCCCACGCAUUAAGACCACAGCCACGUUUAGGUCUGGCACGGCCAAGUGCAAUUUAAAACGAAGUCAGGAGAAAGUCCGGGAGAGCUCGACCCCGGCACACUCAGAAAGCAGGUUUCUCUUCACGGAAAAUGUCCAGUUCAGCUACGUGAGCCUGCGCUGCACCUCCUCGGCUGGACAGCGCGCGCGCGGCCGCCACAGCCGAAGAGCCGGCACGGAGGACGGCUUCUCCAUCACAGCUGAGUUUGAGCUGGACGUGAACCUUGAGGAGGUAACAGAGACUUGUGACCUGAACUGUGUGCGUCGGCGUUCAGAGAAGAGGCUGAGGAAGACCAUCAGGACCUUAAGGAAGUCCAUCAACCGGGAGCAGUUCCACCUUCACUUUGCCGGGGCGGACUAUGAGCUGUCCAAAAGCCUGGCUCAGCCUGCAGAGCUGCCGGGACACUGCCUGGUGGGUCAGGCGUUGGUGGGCAGGAAAUGUGUGAGCUGCAGCGCUGGGACAUACUAUGAUGGACAUCACGGACGCUGCGUGCUGUGUCCAGCUGGAACGUAUCAGGACGAGGAGGGACAGAUGUCCUGUGAGGUCUGUCCAACACCUGAAGGAAGAGACGUGUCCAAGGUGGUCGGUGCUAGAAACUUGUCGCAGUGUGGGGGUCAAUGUCCCCCUGGCCAGUACUCCCAUGACGGCUUUGUCCCCUGCCGUCCCUGUCCACUGGGAACCUACCAGCCGGAGGUGGGGCGCACUUCCUGCUUCCCGUGCGGAGGGAACCUGGUGACUAAACGCAGCAGCGCUGUCACUUUUCAGGAGUGUGAGACCAAAGUGCAGUGUUCUCCCGGUCAUUACUACAACACCAGCACACACCGCUGCAUCCGCUGCCCCAUGGGCACGUUCCAAGGCGAGUUCGGUCAGAACUACUGCGUUGGCUGUCCUGGAAAUACCACCACCGACUUUGAUGGCUCCACCAGCAUCAUGCAGUGCAAAAACCGACAGUGUGGUGGAGAGCUGGGAGAGUUUACCGGCUACAUCGAGUCCCCAAACUAUCCCGGGAACUAUCCAGCCAACGUUGAGUGCACUUGGACCAUAAACCCACCGGCCAAACGUCGAAUCCUUAUUGUCGUGCCUGAAAUCUACCUGCCCAUGGAGGACGAAUGUGGAGACUACUUAGUAAUGAGAAAAAGCUCUCUGCCCAAUUCCGUGACGACCUACGAGACGUGUCAGACGUACGAGCGCCCCAUCGCGUUCACCUCCCGCUCCAAGAGGCUGUGGAUUCAAUUCAAGUCCAACGAGGGGAACAGUGGGAAAGGCUUCCAGGUUCCAUACGUCACAUAUGACGAGGAUUACCAGGAGCUGAUUGAAGACAUAGUGAGAGAUGGGAGGUUGUAUGCGUCAGAGAACCAUCAGGAAAUUCUCAAGGAUAAGAAGCUCAUGAAGGCGCUGUUUGACGUGUUGGCUCACCCACAGAACUUCUUCAACUACACGCCACAAGAAUCUAAAGAAAUGUUUCCCAAAUCCUUCAUCCGCUUCCUGAGGUCCAAAGUUUUGAGAUUCUUUCGCCCUUAAAUAAAAAAAUCUGGAGUUUUCAUAUCAAACUGAAGUAAAAUACUGGUGUCGGUAUCAGCGGAGGAGUGUUUUGUUGUUAGAUGAAUUCACUCAGACUGAGAGCGAGAUGUUUGGGCCAUUGAAGCAAGCGGACUUUUAACUCGAGCUUUGAAAGAGUCCUGAAGACGAACUGAAAACACUGACCUGCAUCGGCAUCCUUAAAGGGAACCAGGACUUCUUCAGAUGGCUUUCUAAUGACUUCAUGCCAUUUUUGUAGAUUUUAAAAUCGGAAUUGAAACCCCAAAAGUGCACAUCUGCAUCGGAAUGCCGCUUACUCGUGCACACGCUGACGUCGCGGGACUUUUUGCUGACAGGACCAUGAUGGAAAAACAAACAUGGAAGCUGAACAGAUACAUGUUGAAUGUCAAUGAAAAUGUAUAUUUAUAUAUAUAUAGAAUGUGCAUCUAGUUUUAAUACGGUAGGCUACAGUCCCAGGUAGGGAUGAAUAAUUGACAGGAAUUCUGCUAAACGCCAGGAACAAAUGGGAACACUAGCACUGCUAAAGAGGUAGUUCCACCGCAGAGAAAUUAUUCUGC